CGACAACGACAAAGUCAUGCCCCAUAGCGGGUAUGAGCCAUCGGUUGGGGGAAAUAAAAUCCACACCAUCGCUAUCGUCGGAAUCCGGGCCCCGGAGGUGACAGCCCAAAUUCGUCGGCUAUGAGCGGCGCGAGGGAGUGCACGCCGACGGGCGUCCUGCGGGCGGCGCGGCGGGCCCAGUCGCCGGCCAGCGGCGACCCGCCGUCGGACGACCAGAUGCAGGGCAACGUGACCGUGGGCUACGGCGGGGACCACCGGCUCCGGCAGUCGAUCACCAUCAAGAGCAAGGUGCGAGCCACAGUCGCCAGUGACUACACGUUCAGGGUCCGCUGCAAAACGGUGGAGAGCUCGUGCAGCGCCAAGACGGUAGUGACCUGCACCUCGGAGAGGGGCAGCUCCACUCGGUCCGUGGUGCAGCAGAGGAGCACCACCAGUGGCGGCCACGCCGAGGUGGUGCGUGCCACGACGUUCUCCCGCGAGAUGUCCAACGGUGCCAUGGCGACGAUCGAAACCUACGAGGACAGCCGUAGCGGUAUUCGGCAACUGAGUGUGGGGCGUCACAUCGGGGACCGGUCGCAUUUGAGCGAGAAGAGCCGCAACGAGUUCACGGGCGAGGAGGAGAAGACCGAGCAGCUGGUCAACAUCCCGUACGAAGAGCUCGGCGGCUUCGAGAGCGAGUGGAAGCGGCGCAUGGCCCGCAACUGA